UCCUUCCUCUCCCCGCAGGGCAGGAGGGGCUUUUAUUUCCACUACUGGGCCUUGUUCGAUGGCCAUGCGGGCAGCGGCGCCGCUGUCCUGGCAUCCAAGAGGCUCCAUCUGCACAUCUGUGAGCAGCUCCGGGACCUCGUGGACAUCCUGCAGGACCCCUCCCCGCCUCCCAUCUGCCUCUCGCACGACACCCGGGCCGGCCCCACCGAGCCGAGCCGGGUCCCCCCGCCAGAGGACAGUGGGGAGGUCCCCAACGAUGCUGUGCCACGGUUUCACCUGGAGAAAGAGGUCUCCCACGAGAGCCUGGUGAUCGGCGCCAUCGAGAACGCCUUCAAGCACAUGGACGACCAGAUCGAGCGGGAGCGAGUGUCCCAGCGCCUGCCCGGGGGCUGCUGCGCCCUGGCCGCCGUCUACCUCAUGGGCAAGUUCUACGUGGCCAACGCUGGCGACAGCAGGGCCAUUAUCAUCCGUACCGGCGAGAUGCUGUGGCUGAGCCGACACUUCGUCCCGCAGGCGUUCCUGAGGCCCGAGCUGCUGGGGAAGGAGUUCACCCACCUCGAGUUCCCCCGCAGGAUCCAGCCCAAGGAGCUGGGGAAGAAGAUGCUGUACAGAGACCAAAACAUGAACGGCUGGGCUUACAAAAAGGUAGAAGAAGAUGACCUGAAGUUUCCACUUAUCUACGGGGAAGGCAAAAAGGCUCGGGUGAUGGCCACGAUUGGAGUCACGCGGGGCCUGGGAGACCACGACCUCAAGGUGUUCAGCUCCAACAUCCACAUCAAGCCUUUCCUGUCCUGCUUCCCCGAGGUCAGGGUGUACGACCUCACGGAGUAUGAGCACUGUCCUGACGACGUUCUGGUCUUGGGCACCGAUGGGCUCUGGGAUGUCACCAACGACAAGGAGGUGGCUGGCGUGGUGAUGGAGGUGCUGGCGAGCUACGAGCCCAACGACCCGUGCAGGUACACCAUGGUGGCCCAGGAGCUGGUGCUGCGGUCCAGGGGGGUGCUGAAGGAGCGGGGCUGGCGGCUGGCCAACGACAAGCUGGGCUCUGGCGACGACAUCUCUGUCUUCGUGAUCCCUCUGGGCGGCCCGGGCAACUACACGUGAUGCCCGAUGAGCCCGGGGCAGCGGGGCUCGCCUCUGCCUGGACGGAGCCGAGCGGAUGCUGGCGCUGCCUCCGGGCCACCUCUCCCGCGAGCACUUGUCUCCUGAGCCGACCGCGAGAAGAGAAAGAAACCCGGAGCCUCCGUCCGUGCCCCGGCCUAGAGCAUCCCCCUCCACGUGCUGCCCCCCAGCCCGGGUGGAGGUGGAAGGGCCUUGGACAGAGGGUGGGGACGGGGGUUCGAGAGAUGUUUUUUUGUGCUGCCACUUUCUUGAUUGCUGUGAAAAGCCUCAAGGCUCCCGGCGUUCCCACCGUGUGCCGCGGCCGUCGGGGCACUCGCACCUGGAGAGGCCUGUGCUGCUGCUGCAGUCGUCCCCCCCGGCCCUGUGACCCUCGCGCCGGUGACACCGACGCUGCUGCUGGGGCUGGGCCGGGCCGGGGCCCGGGGUGAAGCCCAGCCGGCAGCCAGGCAGCGCUCAGCCCGGCAGAAGUCUGGUUGUGGGGCCGAGCCCCACGCCCCACACCCUGGUUUCGUGCUGGCGGCCCCCCACGCCCUCAUCCCGGCCACGGGCCGUGUCUUAGUUUUGGGUCUGGGAGGAUGGG